AACCAAAAGGAAUUUUUUUAAAAAAAUAAGGGAAAAACGGAAAAGAAGAAGAAGAAAAAAAAAAUACCCCUUUUUCGAAAUCGUGCCAGGAUUAGGGCAUCGAAAAAUCUCAGUUUUGAUCCUCCUCGAUCAGAUCCGGUCAGUUUCGGUAAAUAACUCAGGCUGGAGCUUGCAGAUGGCUUGAUAUUGGAGCAUGCAUAUUCCAAAGAUAUAGGGUUCCUCUUGUGCCUUCAAGAUGGAAACACAGCCUCACGUCCCUUCACAAAUUCAAGGUCCUCAAGCAGAGGACUUAUUGAUAAAUGACAGAGGUUCUACUGCUCCUGCAACUCCUUUAGUGGCAGUGAAUGAGAAGCCAGCCAAAAAGGUGACACGGCAAUGGGCAGCUUGGACACGUCAAGAGGAAGAGAAUUUUUUUAAUGCAUUGCGGCAAGUCGGCAAGAAUUUUGAGAAGAUCACCUUUCGUGUACAAAGUAAAAAUAAAAAUCAGGUCCGGCACUAUUAUUAUCGCCUUGUGAGACGUAUGAACAAACUACUUGGUCCUGGAUUAUGUCUUGAUGCAAAAAAUUCCAAGGACACCAUUGCUGCCAUGCUUCGAUGGUGGUCCUUACUUGAAAAACAUAGCUGCCCUGCUUCAAAACUGCAUCUGAAGCCUCGGAGAUUUAAGAUAUUCCUAGAGUCUUUGGAAAACCAACUUCUGAAGGAUCGGAACAAAAUCAGAAGAAAACGACCUAGCCAGGGAGAAAAGUAUCUAAAUGUAGUUUCAGCAACUUCACUUCCUAGUAAGGCAUUGGAGAAUGAUGUUCAUCCAGUUGUCGACAUUCAAAAUACUAGUAAAGUGGAAUCAAAUGGUCCCUCUCAGAAACGAAAUAUGAGUGCAAAUAUCAACUUCAGCAAAGGGGAACUGCCUCCUGCAAGAUCAGUGAGGCAAAAGAGAAGACCAGGUGCAGGUCUUGUUGCAUCUGCUGCUUAUAGAAGAUGGGAGAAGGCAGCAAUGGCUGGUGUUUCCUUGGUUGCUGAUGCCGCUGAGCAGUUGGAACGAGCUACUAAUGGUGGAAACUGUUCUGUUGACCAAAUUAGAUCUGGGCAAAAGAAUAUUGAUUGUGCCGGUAACAAUCAAGGCCAUUUGUGCCCUCCAACUCUACUGGGAACAUGUUUACAUCAAAUUAAGGAUGCAGUCAUGCAGCCAGUGGUUAAACUAAAGCUCCAGUUGUUUCCAAUUGAUGAAAUUACCCGCAAAGCUUUAGAGAAGGAUGCAUGCAACCCACACUUGGAACUCACCUUAAGCAGCCGAAAAAGGAUUUCAUCUGUUCUUGAACAUCUCAACCGCAAAUGGGGAAGCUCAAGCAUAGCAUCGGGAGAACUCACACUUCUCCCUUAUAGUGCUCAGCAGGAGGAUAUAAGUUAUAGGAAAUGGACAGCAAAAGACACCAUCUCCAGUGCAGCAGAUGUUUAUGCUGCUGUGGGCAGCCCAACUAUUUUUCGGUUGAGGUAUGGCUGGUUCUCCAAUACUGAGCCUGUGAUGAGAGAAACACCUAACGUUGAGUCACCUGGACUUGCUCAACCACUUGCUCACAUUUCUGAACAACCUAUGAAGUCCUCUGGAGAUCUAUCAACUCCAUUAUCUUCUACUGUUAUUGUGCAUGAGCCGAUACCUGAAGAGCCCCCUUCAGAUCCUGAUGAUGAACUUCUGGGCUCAUCUGCACUAACGCCUACAUCUGAGAACAGAAAAAGAACUGGAGAUGGCCACUGUAGUGAACAGCAACAGGUUUCAGUUGUGGAUUGGGUUGAUAGCCUUACUAACAUUAGCAUUGGAGAUCUAUUAUCGGAAGCAUCCAGAGCUUCUAAGUCCAGUUGUGGUUAUUCUUCCCUUGGGAAAACUUGCCCUUCUCCUCAAGAGAAACCAUUUAGCAGUGAUGCAUUUGAUCCUGUACGAACUCAAACGGCCUCUUCGUCCAUGUGGAAUGCUGAAGAAACUUGCGAUGAGUUUUCGUUUAGAAUGGCACGAGCUUGUAUGAGUAGGGAUAGUCCAUCAAAUCCUUCCAUUAAGGAUCAUAAAGAGAUCGUUGUUUCUGAAUCUCUCUUUAAGAACCAUCUCAAGGUACCCCCUAAAUCUGGAGAUCUGGAGGUUGCAUCGGAAGCUGAGAAAGAUACAUCCUAUAAGGAAGAUAAAGAUGUCUCUCCGAAGGAUAUCAAUCUCAUGGACAUUUACUGGCCGGAUUCCUUGGGGCCAUUGGAACUGGAGAUGCCUUCAUCCUCCCGAUACCAGGGUCAAGAUGUAGUAAUUGGAGACAGCAAUAGUUUUGGCUUCUUGGGUCGUAUGAUAUCAAACAGUCUAGACGCAUUUCAAAAUUUCUCGUUAUUUGGACAGGAGAAGAGUGCAUCUAUACACCUGGAUACUAAUCUUAGUUGAUGAAGGGUGACAUCAUCCGAAGUUGUACAGAUUUUGCUAAUGUUGUAGUGUUCUCUGCGAGGGUGACAAAGUGGCAGGUUCGGCAAGUCUGAUGCAAACUGUUGAUCGUUGUUCUUGUUCUGUAGAUGAUGCAAUCGAAAAAUGUUCGGAUUUCAGAAGGCAGUUUAGUCCCCUUUUUAUUAUGACCUCAUGUAACUUUGUAUGUGCCCUGAACUUGUGGUCUCCUAGUCACCAGCAAAUGUCUUGGAUAGGAGAGAAAAAAACCCUCAUGUAACUUUGUAUGUGUACAUUGAGUGUUGUUGGCGUAUAACUAGAAGUUGGAAAAUUGGGACUUGAGCUCUAAGAUAGCUUGUAUGUUGAAAAGAAAAUUUACCGUUUUGCUGGAUGGAUGAAUUAUAGAGACUUUUUAUUUUUGGGAAAUAAAUGGUUUAAUUAU